AUGAACGAGAUCUACCCGCUGGCGGUGCCCAAGGGGCGGAAGCUGAAGUGUGAGGUGUGCGAAGCCCCGGCCGAGCGUGUGUGUGGGGCCUGCACGGUCACCUAUUAUUGUGGUGUUGCGCAUCAAAGAGCUGAUUGGGCCAGCAUUCAUGAAAAAAUAUGCCAGCUCCUGAUCCCCUUGCGCACAACUAUGCCCUUUUACAAUUCAGAAGAAGAACGGAGACAUGGUCGGGAGCAGCUGCUGCAGAGGCAGAAGCAUUUAAUUGAGCUCUGUUACAAAGUAGCUCGGAAAUAUGUCUUUGAAGGAAAAUAUGAAGAAUCUGUCCCGGCAUCUUUACAUUCACUGCGUUUCCGCAUUAAUGUAUAUGGCCUGAAUUCAGUCCAGUUGGUGCCAGCUUACCUGCUGUUAUCUGAGGCCAGUAUUGGUCUUGGCCACAUUGUCCAGGCAGAGGAAUACCUCUCCCAAGCCCAGUGGACUGUUCUCAAGUCAACUGAGUGCAACAAUGAAAUUCAUUCUCUCCUGCAUUGGAACCUGGGACUCCUCUAUACAGCUAAAGAAAACUAUGAAGACGCACGCUAUCAUUUGGCCAAUGAUAUUUAUUUUGCCAGCUGUGUAUAUGGAUCAGAAGACGUCAGAACCUCAGGAGCAUACUUCCUCAUGGCUAACGUUUUCUUUCACCAGAAUAAGAUGGAUGUAGCGGACUCGAUGUACACAAAGGUAACUGAUAUCUGGCACACAUUUUUAGAUCAACAUAUUCAAAAUCAGCUAUGUGCUUGCAAGAAACCAGCAGAUAUCUUGGCCAAGGAAUUGGAAAAUGACACUGGUUUGGAUGAACCCCAGGAAGCAGAAGCAGUUCACAUCCUGUCAACCAUUUUGGAAAUCCGAGAACACACGGCAAAAGAAAAGCCAGAGCUCAUUAUCAAAAUCCUGAAAACGGUGGCAAUGCUCCAUUACCUAAUGAUGAAUUUAUCAAAGGCUCAUGAACUUGCUGCGAAAGCUUACAUUUUAUCUAAAGAGCUGCCUGAUAAAGAAGAUGAAUCCAAAGCCCUUCAAGAGCUGCUAGGCCUCAUUGCUUCCAAAAACCCAGUGAUCUCAAAGGCGUCCAAGUUCUUCCUGAACCAGGGCCAUUAGAGCAACAGGAAUGGAUGCUACAGAUGGGCUAAUAACAUGUUAUAUUACAGCUGCAGUUUCAGCCCAGGGGGUUCAGCUUUGAAAUCUUACCCUUGCCAAAUGGGUCUUCACAAUGCCCAUUAUGAGGAAAGUUGGACUUUGUGCAGAGGGUGUAGAAAUCCUACCACACCUUGAUUUGUGUGACAGGAUGUCAGGAUAUUGGCACAUUGUUAUGCUUUUGUUUUCAUGCUUUUUCUUAUGUAAACUCCAUUAUCAUAGGAAAUUAGGGCAUUAGACUAGGGGUACACCCCUAGCUAUACCUCAUUUUGUGCAUUAAUGUGAGCACAGUUUCAAUUUAAUGCAACCAAUAAAUUAGGGAAAUGGUUUGCCUUUGACAUUUACUAGGUGUAUGAUUCAGGCAAGUCACUAACUUCUCUGGGCCUCAGUUUUUUCAUCUAUAAAAUGGGAAGUUCUUCUGGGGGUAUGAGAGAGAGGUAUCAUGAGGGAAGUGAUUGGUAAACCUUAAAGUACUGAUGAUGACAAAUGUGUUGUCAUUAUUCCAUUGCUAGCAUUGUCCCCCAUACACGUUUUAUGGGUUCGUGACAAGUCCCUGACCAGUUGCUAUCUCAGCUCUGUAAGCUCCAGACCUGAGCUCAGAAAUACUUCAGAGGCUCUGCAGAGACUCUCCCUUCUCUAUGGGCUUCCUUGUACUGGGAGGCACCAACGCAGACAUUGGAUGACCACCAGUCAGGGAUAUCGUGGAGACGUUCUGCAUGGAUGGGGGUUGGAUGGAAAUACUUGUGAGGCUUCUGAGUUGUGAUGCUGCUCUCUGAGCUAAAUAAAUCCCUGAUAAUGACCGCCAUCACAAUUUCAGGGAUUUUGUUUUGACUUAAGGUUUAACUUUCUGUUAAAGCAUUACC